UGUGAUGUAAUGAAGUGGCUUGUAGUUUCGACACCACACCUCACCGCUCGGGUGAUUCAGCAGAGUACCUUUUUCCCGCGCCUCCGUGCCCUCAUUCCGAAUCGUCAUUUCUGUUCAUGAAGGCUUAAAAUGGCUUUGAGGGAAUGUUUGAGGUAGAGUAGCGUACGAGAGGAGGGUGUAUUCAUUUUGUGAGCCAUGGAUAGUUUCUUGAGCAUGCUGGGUUUCAAUUCUCGACGAGCUUCCUCGUACAACCCAGCUGACGUUGCUAUUUCAGAAGGGCCGGAUAUCGACAAGCCCGCGAGUGGGAAUCAGUUUGCUUGUUUUGGAGCUGGGUGUUUCUGGGGCGUGGAGCUUGCGUAUCAGCGCGUGCCGGGUGUGACCUACACGGAGGUUGGGUAUACGCAGGGGCAAUUGCACAACCCUACAUACGAAGCAGUCUGCUCGGGCGACACAGGACAUUCAGAAGUAGUGAGGUUACAGUAUAAUCCAGCUGAAGUCAGUUACGAGGAUUUGCUCAAUGUAUUUUGGAAUCGCCAUGAUCCUACUACGCUCAACCGCCAGGGUGGUGAUUCUGGACCACAAUACCGAUCUGGCAUCUACUACUACUCACCUGAGCAAGAAAGAGUAGCCAAGGAAUCACUUGCAAACCAUCAGAAAUCUCUGAGCCGAAAGAUUGUUACUGAGGUUCUCCCAGCUAAAAAGUUCUACAAAGCAGAGUCCUAUCAUCAGCAGUAUUUAAGUAAGGGUGGCAGGAUGGGUUCAAAACAGUCAGCAGCGAAAGGUUGCAAAGAUUCUAUCAGAUGCUACGGCUGAAUCUGCAUGCAUGCAUGCCCUGUUCAGCUGUAUAUGAUACUUUCGUAUUAUAAAAUCAUCCCUUCGUCAAGGGAUUAGUUCUCUCAAUGUCUUAUGUUUUUUUUAUCACAAAAUGCGACGUCAAAUGCUGCACCUAUGA